AUGUCGGCACCAGAUGCGGCGCCCAGGGAGCUGCUCGAAUGGUGCCGCACUGGUGGCGUGGUCUGGACCGGCAUCGAGGCCGGUUUCGUCCCUGAAGGCUGGAGAGGGGUGCUGGCAACCCAGGACAUUCCUGCCGGCACCUGCGUGCUGCGCGUGCCACGCCACCUGCUGAUGAGUGUGGAGAGCGCGAGGCGGGAUGCAGAGCUGUGCACCGCACUGCGGCAGCACAGAGCGGCACUGACUUCAGACCAGGUGCUGGCGGUGCACUUGCUGUGUGAAGCGUCCAAGGGAGCGGCCUCCUUCUGGCAACCUUACCUGCGCAGCUUGCCGCCCCGCUACACAACCGCCAUGUGCCUGACAGCAGACGAGGCAGCAGCGCUGCAGGCGCCGCACGCAGUGAUGGCAGCAGCAGCCGCAGCUGCUGCCGCCGCGGAGCACCACACCGGCGCGCUGCCGCUGCUGCGUGCGCUGGGGCUGGCGGCCAAGUGGCGGGGGCGCGGCGCCUGGCUGUGGGCUGCCUCCACGCUUUCCAGCCGAACCAUGUACCUGCCCUCUGACUCAGCAGGGGCACUGGCCCCCUUUGGAGACCUACACAACUACCGACCGCCGCCGCCGCCCUACAUACCCACAUCGCCCCAGCUUCUCGCCGCGGCCGGCGCGCUGGCGGCAGGACCAGACGCGAUAGCAGGGCAAGCAGCAGCAAGGGCGGCUGCAGGGGAGCCACCACCACCACCAGCUGCAGCCAGCCCUGGCGUACGCGACGCAGAGGCGCACAGCGCGGCAGCGGCGGUGGCACGUGGCGAGGAGUGUGUGGCAGGAGAUGGGCACCUGGAUGAAUCGGCCGAUGAAUACUGCAUCACCGCCCGCGCAGCCUACGCUGCGGGCGACCAAGUGUUCCUCUGCUACGGCCGGCAUACAAACCUGGGGCUGCUGGAACACUACGGCUUUGUGCUGGCUUCUAACCCGCACGACACUGCCCCGCUGGCGCCGCAGCUGCUGCCUGCCGCGGUGCAGCGGCAGCUGGCAGCAAACGGCGGUGGCAGCAGCAACGGCGGCAUGGAGCGGGCGGCAGAGGCUGCGGCAUACCUGCACGCCAGCGGGGCGCCUUCCUGGGAGCUGCUGCGUGCGCUGCGCAUGGGCUGCGCCACGUCAGCGGAGCGCAAGACCCGCGCCCACCUGGCCCUGGCCGACCAACCCAUCAGCGCCAGCAGCGAGCGGGCGGCCUUUGUAGUGCUGAGGAAAGCAUGCGGGGCCGCCCUAGCUGCACUGCCCACCAGCAUCGAGCAAGACGAAGAGCAGCUGGCAGCGCUGCAAGCAGCUGCACCAGGUCUCCCUGCCGCUGAGCAGCAGCCUGAAGCGCAGCAGCAGCAGCAGCAGCAGCUGCAGCAGGAGCAGCUCGGGAGCGCAGGGCAGCAGGACGCGGCUCGUGACGGGCUGGCGCAAGCGCAGGAUGGCGCUGCUGAGCAGCGCCACCAGACGUGGGACCCCAGGUGGCGGCGCUGUGCCGAACACCGCGCUGGUGAUAGUAGGCACCUGUAA